ACAAGCGCUUACAUACGAUAGUUUCAAAUUUCUGUGUUCUUUCUCUUUUGCAUUCACAUUAUAAAAGAAAAAGAAGAAUGACUGCAGCUACUCUGGAUCCAAGUUUAAGCAUAGAAAUGCAUAGAGAUCCUAAUGAGCAUGGAUCUGUUAUAGAAGAGAUUGAAGGGCUUAUUAAAGUCCACAAGGAUGGACAUGUGGAGAGACUUCAAAUUGUUCCAUGUGUCACAACUGCAUUGCCUCCGGAACUCGGUGUCAAUUCAGGAGAUAUAGAAAUUGACAAGUUCACAAACAUAUGGGCACGUUUCUAUGUUCCAGUAUGCCACAAAAAGCUCCCUUUAAUCGUCUACUUCCAUGGCGGUGGAUUUUGUGUUGGCUCAGCUGCCUGGAGUUGUUACCAUGAGUUCUUAUCUAAGCUAGCAAAAAGAGCAGAGUGCAUAAUCAUGUCAGUAAAUUAUCGAUUAGCCCCAGAAAAUCCUCUCCCCGCCGCUUAUGAAGAUGGAUUCAAGGCUUUCAUGUGGCUAAAACAAGCGGCGCUAUCUGCAACGGGUUACUGGUGGUCUAAAAGAUGCAACUUUUCGGGAAUUUUCUUAGCCGGUGAUAGUGCUGGUGCUAAUAUAGCCCACAGUGUAGCCACGAGGCUCGGUUCUAACAAUGUGUGUGAUCCAACAACAGUCUUAAAGCCUUUAACUCUCAAGGGUACUAUUUUAAUUCAACCAUUUUUCGGAGGAGAGGCACGUACAAAUUCCGAAAAGCAUUUGACACAACCACCUCGAUCGGCGCUGAACUUGGCAGCCUCUGAUACAUAUUGGCGACUAGCGUUGCCAUGUGGGUCUAACCGUGACCAUCCAUGGUGCAAUCCGACAGCAAAGGGGUCGAUAAAGCUAGAAGAUCUGAGGCUUUUGCCGAGCAUGGUGUGCAUAUCAGAGAUGGACAUAUUGAAAGACAUAAACCUGGAGUUUUGUGGUGCCUUGGCUAGAGCGGGUAAAAGGGUUGAGCAUGUGAUGUAUAAAGGCGUAGGACAUGCAUUUCAGAUUCUGAGUAAGUCUCAGCUAUCUCAAACUCGAACCAGUGAAAUGAUUGCCCAUAUCAAGGCCUUCAUUAGUCGGUGAUCCACCAUUUCUCUCCAAAAUUAGACAUUAAUUAAUUUUGUAUUUGGUAGGUGUCAAAUAAUUAAAGUUGUUUGUGGUUAAUUAUGACUGUUCUUGAUCAGAAAAUUUAGCUGGCCUUCAGUACUUCACUCACAGAAGAAGAAGAAGAUGCCUGAUCAUGUGACUAUGCCUGUCACAUAGCUAUUGGAACUUCGUGUGUGUAUAGAAUAUGAUUGUAAUGCUAUAUCAAUGGUUUUCACGUGGUGAAAAAAAGGAAUCCACCUUUGUAAUUUAUGUAUAAAAUUUCUUAUUGCUUUUAAACUCGUCUCUU